AAAGGCGCGCGGAAGGGGUCCUGCCACUGCACCACUUUGCCUGCCUCCGUCCCGCCGCGCCACUUCGCCUUCCUCAGUCCCGCCGCUCGCCGCGCCACUUCGCCUGCCUCUGUCCCGCCGCCCGCCGCGCCAUGCCUGUGGCCGGCUCGGAGCUGCCGCGCCGGCCCUUGCCGCCCGCCGCACAGGAGCGGGACGCCGAGCCGCGUCCGCCGCACGGGGAGCUGCAGUACCUGGGGCAGAUCGAACACAUCCUCCGCUGCGGCGUCAGGAAGGACGACCGCACGGGCACCGGCACCCUGUCGGUAUUCGGCAUGCAGGCGCGCUACAGCCUGAGAGAUGAAUUUCCUCUGCUGACAACCAAACGUGUGUUCUGGAAGGGUGUUUUGGAGGAGUUGCUGUGGUUUAUCAAGGGAUCCACAAAUGCUAAAGAGCUGUCUUCCAAGGGAGUGAAAAUCUGGGAUGCCAAUGGAUCCCGAGACUUUUUGGACAGCCUGGGAUUCUCCACCAGAGAAGAAGGGGACUUGGGCCCAGUUUAUGGCUUCCAGUGGAGGCAUUUUGGGGCAGAAUACAGAGAUAUGGAAUCAGAUUAUUCAGGACAGGGAGUUGACCAGCUGCAAAGAGUGAUUGACACCAUCAAAUCCAACCCUGACGACAGAAGAAUCAUCAUGUGCGCUUGGAAUCCAAGAGAUCUUCCUCUGAUGGCGCUGCCUCCAUGCCAUGCCCUCUGCCAGUUCUAUGUGGUGAACAGUGAGCUGUCCUGCCAGCUGUACCAGAGAUCGGGAGACAUGGGCCUCGGUGUGCCUUUCAACAUCGCCAGCUACGCCCUGCUCACGUACAUGAUUGCGCACAUCACGGGCCUGAAGCCAGGUGACUUUAUACACACUUUGGGAGAUGCACAUAUUUACCUGAAUCACAUCGAGCCACUGAAAAUUCAGCUUCAGCGAGAACCCAGACCUUUCCCAAAGCUCAAGAUUCUUCGAAAAGUUGAGAAAAUUGAUGACUUCAAAGCUGAAGACUUUCAGAUUGAAGGGUACAAUCCACAUCCAACUAUUAAAAUGGAAAUGGCUGUUUAGGGUGCUUUCAAAGGAGCUCGAAGGAUAUUGUCAGUCUUUAGGGGUUGGGCUGGAUGCCGAGGUAAAAGUUCUUUUUGCUCUAAAAGCAAAAGGAACUAGGUCAAAAAUCUGUCCGUGACCUAUCAGUUAUUAAUUUUUAAGGAUGUUGCCACUGGCAAAUAUAACUGUGCCAGUUCUUUCCAUAAUAAAAGGCUUUGAGUUAACUCACUGAGGGUAUCUGACAAUGCUGAGGUUAUGAACAAAGUGAGGAGAAUGAAAUGUAUGUGCUCUUAGCAAAAACAUGUAUGUGCAUUUCAAUCCCACGUCCUUAUAAAGAAGGUUGGUGAAUUUCAUAAGCUAUUUCUGGAAUAUUUUUAGAAUAUUUUAAGAAUUUCUCAAGCUAUUCCCUCAAAUCUGAGGGAGCUGAGUAACACCAUCAAUCAUGAUGUAGAGUGUGGUUAUGAACAUUUAAAGUUGUUUUAUAUGUUGCUAUAAUAAAGAAGUGUUCUGCAUUCGUC